AUGAAAAUUGUGACUUUCAUAAUUGCUUAUUGGAGAUCUUCAAUUACUAGUGGAUAGUCUAGGAAACUCUGCUUUAUUAGUUCCCUAUAACAGUCAACCAAAGCAGUAGAGCUAAGUACAUUAGAGAGUUUAUUUACAUUCGCAACUAGAUAUAUCCAGAAAUUUAAACCAUAUCAUCAAGAAGUUGUCUGUCAUCAUUUCUUAGCUCUACCCUCUGUUGUAUUGCUCUGUUCUCAGGCAGCCAGUACCAAUAGUCCCAUAAUUUGGCAGCUUCUCUUGGAAGGGUGAGAAUGAGAUAAAUGCUUGGAACCUCACUGACUUCUUCCUAACAGGUCUCCUAGUUGGAUUUUAUUUGCUGAUAAUAAAAGUGCAAUAUUAUAAGCACCAAAUUACUAUCUUUAACAUUUUAUUUUUAAAAUUAAGUUCUAGGAUAUUUUUUUAGGUCCUACAGUUUCUGAUUCCAUUCUAAUAAGUAAAAUCUUGCCUGAGGCCUUGAAACUCCAAACAUUUCCAGUUAUUAGUUCUAGUAAUUCUAGUAACAGGAACUCUGAACAGAUAGUAGGAUUGUUGAUGUCUGUGCACUAUGAGAAUACUAAAAAGUCAAACCAUUCAGAGAACUUUUUAGAUGAAGUUGGAAACUUAAAACAUAGUUCAUACAAAACUGAAGUAUGUUCAUACUAGACCUUACAGUAACCUUCUAUGGUUCUCUGCCCCAAAUACAGAAACAGUAACAUUCGUCUUCCGUAUCCCUCAAAAACAAUCAACAAAAGAAAAGAAAAUCGAACCAAAAUUAUAAGAAUGAAGACUUUUUAGAUAUUUGGAGUUUAACUCUUUAAAUGAUCUUUUGAGGAGUAUAGGCUUAAACUCUGAAGGCCUUUUGUGGUAAUUGACUGCCUUAGAAUAUGGUAGUCAAAUAUAAGUCUGUAACUUUUGAUAAAUUAAUGGCAUUUUCUUUUGUCAUACUGAAGAUCCUUAACUUGUGUGUUUGUAUUUUCUUGGUUUAUGACUAACAGUCAAUAAAACGAUGACUGGCAGGUUACUCGUCAGUAAGAAUGCAAAUGAAUUUCUGUAGCCAGUUUGGAUAUGGAAAGUUACAAGAGACCAUAUGUAAGGGCUGAAAGUUAUCAUCUUAAAUACAGAAAGUUGUGGGUGUGAAUGGAAAGCAGAGAGAACUCUCUAGCACACUUCCCCCUCUCCCCCAAAGAGGCUGCAAAGCUUGGUGAGAUCUCCUUUAGUUCCUAAAGCUGGUGGAUUGACUUUGAAGCUUAGGCAAGAUACUGGAAUUUUGCCUGGGCUCAGAUUCCAUUCUUAGCUGAAGGAAAACUCCUGAAACAGCUCUCAGAAUGUUUGAAGCUGGUGGUGAACUGAUUCAGACUAAAGCUGCAACAAAGACCAGACCCAGCUUAUUACCUACAGUCCCAAUCUAGCAGCCUGACAGACAAAGUAGCACGUAUCCCUCUUUACAGAUUCUGUGUUCUUUUAUACAAACCAUUUGGCACACAAUCAAAAAUAUAUGACACACUAAAAAGAGAAAUGGAGAAAUAAGAAAUGUGACUUACAGCUAAGAAAAUAGACACAGGUGACCUAGUUAUUAGAAUUAUCAAUGUCUUUAAUAUAGCUGUUACAAGAAUGCUAAGGGAUCUAGUGGAAAAGAUUACAACAGGUAUGAAAGAUGGGAUAUUUCAACAGUGAUAUGGAUGCAUAAAAAAUGAAAUUCUGGAAAUGAAAAAUAUAAUAUCAAAACUAAGGAAUUCAUUAAAGGGGAUUGUUAAUAGUAGAUCAGUGACAUCUAUGGAAAGAAAGGAGAGGCUAUCCAAGUUUGAGUCUAUUCGUCAUUCAAUUGCUGGAAUAAUUAGGUCUCCAAAAUCUGCACUGGGCUCUUCAACAUUCUCUGAUACGAUCCCUAUAAGUGAGAAGCCCCUGGCAGAACAGGACUGGUACCAUGGAGCAAUUCCCAGAAUAGAAGCGCAAGAUCUAUUAAAACAACAAGGAGACUUCUUGGUGCGAGAGAGUCAUGGGAAACCUGGUGAAUAUGUCCUUUCUGUAUAUUCUGAUGGACAAAGGCGACACUUUAUCAUACAAUUUGUUGAUAAUCUAUAUCGAUUUGAAGGCACUGGUUUUUCAAACAUUCCUCAGCUUAUAGAUCAUCACUAUACAACAAAACAGGUCAUCACUAAGAAAUCAGGUGUAGUUCUGCUGAAUCCUAUUCCUAAGGAUAAGAAAUGGGUUCUCAAUCAUGAAGAUGUCACAUUGGGAGAAUUACUGGGCAAGGGAAAUUUUGGUGAAGUAUAUAAGGGCAUAUUAAAGGAUAAAACUGCUGUUGCUGUUAAAACAUGUAAAGAAGAUCUUCCUCAGGAACUGAAAAUUAAAUUUUUACAAGAAGCCAAAAUUCUCAAGCAAUAUGAUCAUCCCAAUAUUGUCAAACUUAUAGGCGUUUGCACACAAAGACAGCCUAUCUACAUCAUUAUGGAACUGGUUCCAGGAGGUGAUUUCCUGUCCUUUCUGAGAAAGAAGAAAGAUGAGAUAAAACUCAAACAAUUAGUGAAAUUUUCAUUAGAUGCUGCUUCUGGUAUGUCCUAUCUCGAGAGUAAAAACUGUAUACACAGGGAUCUUGCUGCAAGAAACUGCCUGGUAGGUGAAAAUAACAUUCUGAAAAUCAGUGACUUUGGAAUGUCUCGUCAAGAGGAUGGGGGAGUGUAUUCAUCUUCUGGCUUAAAGCAGAUUCCCAUUAAAUGGACAGCACCAGAAGCUCUUAAUUAUGGGAGAUACAGUUCUGAGAGUGACGUGUGGAGCUUCGGCAUCCUCCUCUGGGAGACAUUCAGCUUGGGGGUCUGUCCAUACCCUGGAAUGACAAAUCAACAAGCACGGGAGCAAGUGGAAAGAGGAUACCGAAUGUCAGCCCCUCAGCACUGCCCAGAGGACAUUUUCAAAAUUAUGAUGAAGUGCUGGGAUUAUAAACCUGAAAACCGCCCCAAGUUCAGUGAACUUCAGAAAGAACUCACUGUCAUCAAGAGGAAAAUCGCACAGUGACGGAACGGUGCAAACAGCUUCUGGGACCUGGUCCUCCAACAGAGUGACACUGUUCUCAUUAACAAUGAGUUUAUACUGCAUUACCUACAACAGUCUUCUAAGGUGAUUCUUGUUAUUAACUGUUUUUUUAAGUAUGUGCCACUGACAGAAAAAAAAGGCAAAGGCCAAUGUAUUCCAGAAACAGACACUCUUACCAAGGGCUUUAUUAGCUCACCACAGCAAUCCUGCCAUUUUAGGCCAUUGUAAAUAGAAAAGCACAGCCCCUCAGUGGGAGGGAUGAUCAGAUCUUUUACACACCAGGACCACUGAUGUUUCUCAAAGGUUUUCUACUUCAGGCACAGUUCCCAGGCUGCUCUCCUGUGCCUCAGACUGACUCCAUGGGUGCUAGAGCAGCACUGGUAAUGCCAUUGUCUGCAAGACACAUUCCAACCAAAAGUGACUUUUUGCUCUGCCAAGGCAAGAUUCUGUUUGUCAACAUCAUUUUCUAUUGGGAGCUAGUUGGACCACUUAGGGUCUUUCUCUUCUUUCUUGCCAGAAAGAAGUACAGUGUGAGAAGCAUCACACUCCUCUAUUAUUAGGAAGCUAGUUGUUUCCCUGGCCUCCUUGGUCUGGGCGUCAGACAGUGACGCAUGGAAUGUCCUCAAGAGCACGCUCUUAGGGUUGCAACAGCCGCUCUUGAAAAGAUGUUUUUGAGAGGUGUGUGUGGGAGAGGAGUCUUGAGAAAGGAACAGCUAGAGAAAGAGAAGGAGAAUAUAAAAUCUGCCUUCUUUUCAGAGUUUUUACAUACUCACACACCUUUUAUUUUAUGGUCUGAAAUCACAGGAAAAGUUCUAAGAAAUGUUUUCAGAAGUUCAUACUUAAAGCCUAAUGGCAGAAAAAAAAAAAAAA